AUGAAAUCUGCACCCAAUGGAUCCACUCCGGCAACGACUGCGGUUCCGAACAAAAUGCUGGAGCGCGUGGCUAGCACAUCCCAUCCAGAAGAUAUGCCAGACAGUACAAAGCUCACAUCCCGUGCCGCGACGCCGUCGAACAACAUGCCUAAACUCCCUAUGGGUAUGAAAGAUUCCAAGGGUCGCGCAAAAAGUCGCGAGUUCCUUCAACAAUGUCUGCAGGAAAUUGCCUAUCUUACAAGCAAUGCGACAUUGAACCCUAUCAUUCACACCACCGACCCGACUGACCCUGACUCGGCAUCUCAACCCCCCCGGCCUCAGUUCGUCGUAUCACCUCAAAGCGCACCCGCCCAGGAGGUGGCGCCCGUUUCCAAUCAUAUUGCGGGGCCCAAUGCAGAGGCCAAUACACCGGCUGCUGCCAAGGAGGCAGAUUCUUCUGCCAAGCUUUCGGUUCCAUCGCAGCCACCAUUUGAUUCACCGGAGGAUGUCAUGCCUGUGUCUUCCUCACGAGGGAAUCCAGCCGUACAGCAGCCUGAUAAAGUACCGGAUGUCCAGCUUUGGCACCCACAUGGGUCUUUCUCCUCGCAUCUGGAUGCUGUGCGUGCGCUUGUUUAUGAUGGCUCGGGCGAGGGACUUUUCACAGCCUCUGAUGAUUGCACGAUCAAGUACUGGCGCAUGCUUCCCACAGCAGCACAGACCGGCCAAUCCAAACCUGUGGCAGAGCUUCUGACAACCCUCCGUGGCCAUGAAGCUGCCGUAACAUGCUUGGCUUACUCGAAAACUCACAAUAUUCUCUACAGUGGCAGCCUUGAUGCAAGUAUUCGACAAUGGAAUAUUCCUUCCAACACACCAUCGAAAAGCGAGACUGUGUCUCUUUGCCUAUCCACCGUACUUCCCGGGUCGGAGCAGGCUGUAUGGGGUCUGUCACUUUUCCCCUAUAAUGGGCAAGAGGACAUGCUUCUCGUAUCUGUUUCAGCGAGCGGUAAAAUUCAACUUUGGAAUACAAGUGAGAAAGAGCCUCAGCCACUUCUUUCCUGGGACUACUUUGGCACGGAUCCUGCACAUGAAGUCCAAGAGGAACGUAAAUCGUUGUCUUCCAUCCCUGUGCCUACAUAUGCCACCCCACUUUACCUCUAG